UUGGCCAGCUAUUUAGCAAUUCAGCUGGCUUUAUGCUUGGCGUUCACAAGCCUAGUCUACCGAUGGUUCCUUUCGCCAACGAAAGACCUUCCUCACCCUCAAGAUACAUCCUUCAUUCUGGGCAACCUGAUACCAUUCCUCAGUGAACCAUGGGGAUUUCCGCUGGCUCGUUGGCAACUGACGGUUCCCUCUACCGCCAGCGGCUUCUACCGUAUCUUUUUGGGUCCAUUCGACUAUCUGAUUCCUAAAUCCUCGAAAGCGGUGAACACCAUCAUGACUCAGCCAUAUCUGUUUCACAAACCUGCUGCUGUUCGCGAUGGACUUGUCGAGAGCCUCGGAGUUGGCCUUGUUGCUGCCGAAGGACAUGUUCACAAAGUACAGAAGAAACUCCUCACCCCCAUUUUUGGCAUGAAUCGCAACAGACGCCUUGUUCCGCAGAUGUGGGCAAAGGCUCUCAUCCUAGCCAACAAGAUACAGGAGCUCGUUGCCGAAAGCGGCUCAGAGUCUAAGGUGCUCAACAUGCACCCGCUCACUAUGGCCGCCACUCUCGAUGUCAUUGGCGUGACUACUCUCGGCGUCGAUUUUGACUCUGUGACCUAUCCCGACCAGCCAAUCUUGCAAGCAUAUCAGCGAGUCUUUCCGUCCUUUGAGAAUCAAAGUGCGGUAGACAAGUUCUUUGGUGCCACUCUUCCUGCGAUAAUCUCGCCACACCUGCUCUUCAAGCUGCCGUUCAAACCCAUCCGAGAAUUCCACCGGGGAAUGGCUUUUUUGCAGGAAUUUUGCCUGGCCCAGAUUCGACAGAAACGACAAGAGAUAGAGGAGGAUGAGAAUGAUAACAUACUAUCGGCAAUCAUUGCGGCCGGACUGACAGAUGAGAAUGAGAUUCUCAGUCAUAUCUUGACAAUCUUGGCCGCUGGACACGAGUCCACGGCGAUAACAUUGGCAUGGGCGAUAUUCAAACUCGCACAGCACCCAGAUGUCCAGGAGAAACUCCGCGCGGAAAUCCACAUCGCUUCCAAGGAUGCUGGUUCGAACGGAUUGUCUCUGGAAGAGAUCAACUCCCUGACAUACCUGCGUUGUUUUCUGAUGGAAGUCCUUAGGCUUUACCCAGCCUUCCCGGCCAUGAUGCGUGAAGCAGCCCAAGCCACCAUGGUCGGUGAGCUUCAUAUUCCCAAGGGCAAGCAAAUCAUGGUCAGUCCAUAUGCUGUUAAUCGGUCACAGGAUCUAUGGGGAGAUGAUGCAGAGGACUUCAAGGUCGAGAGGUGGGAGGGCUCUUAUAGCGGUGGAGCCAAGACGUCUCAGGCGUUUCUCACCUUCUCGAGUGGACCACGCAUCUGCAUCGGUAAAGACUUUGCGACACUUAGCCUCAAAGUCUUCUUGACGGUUCUGGUCUCCAGGUUCCGAUUUGAA